AUGCAAAUUUAUUCUUGUCAGAGAACAUAUUAUUUUCCGAAUCUUCAUCAUCUAAAAACAUAAAAAAUUUUAAUAUUUACAAACUUAUUUUAGGGGAAAUCCACGAUGAUCUGAACAAUAAUUUGUACCUAAAUGACAUUGAAGUAGAUUAUCAUGGAUACGAAGUUACUGUAGAGAAUCUGGUGCGGUUACUGACCGGACAAGUCGAUGAAAACACACCAAGAAACAAACGUUUGUUGAGUGAUCAACAAAGUAACGUGCUACUUUAUAUGACUGGUCAUGGGGGAGUUGGCUUCUUGAAGUUCCAAGAUGCUGAAGAAUUCACAGAAGUCGACGUGGCUAAUGUCGUCGAGACGAUGUAUCAGCAAAAAAGGUAUACUUUUGAAUUUAUGUGGUAUUAUUUUAUUAGAAAUGGCAAAAUUGGGCUCAGAAGUUUGUUUUUAAAUUUUUUUUACUUGUUGGGCUGCUUUUAAAAUGUUACUUUAGGUACAACGAGCUCUUCUUGAUUGCCGAUACCUGUCACAGUGAAUCUCUGUAUCGUUCCAUCACAUCUCCUAACGUUCUAGCAACCUCAUCAAGUCUACUGGACGAGGAAUCGGUAUCAUAUCACAUGGAUUCAACCAUUGGAGUACAUACUGUAGACAGAUAUGCCUACUUCACUGGUCGAUUUUUAACCAGAUAUGUUCAAGAUAGAAACUCGACGGCCACAAUGAUGGACUACUUGGAUUCAUGUCCACGAGAAGAUUGUUUAUCAGCAAUUGGAAAGAGGAGUGACUUGUUUAAUCGAGAUCCAGCUAAAGUACGAGUAACCGACUUCUUUGGUGCUCGAAAGUACGUUAAGGGAAGUACGAGUGAAGUGGAGCUAUUGGAAGAUGAUGGUACUCCAUUUACUGUGGUAGAUGACUGGAUGCAGUUGGGAAAGGAUCGUCAUCUUGAGUAUUAG